UCCUCCCUGGCAGUCUCGGUCCCUCUCCUGGCUGUCUCUCAGACUGACUCCUGUACUUUCUUAGUAAUUUAACUAAAAGCAGAUGUGGGAGGCUCAUAUGUGGGGACCAAGAAACUGAGAUGUGGGUGUUUGGGCAGUAACCCUCCUCCAGAGUGCCGCAUUGCCUGGACAAAGAGAGAGACAAAAAGUGUGAGAAAGAAGAAGAGAGUGCAGCAAAAAGGAGAGGGCAAAAGACAUUAAGGCGAAAUUCUCCAAGAUGAGCUGGCUGCAGGAGGACUCCGAGGUCUACAAGAUGCUGCAUGGAAACCAGGAGACCAGGACAUCUCCAAGACAAUCCAGCAGCUUCAAACUACUUCAGGAGGCCCUGGAGAACAACCCUGACGGUAUUUCCACAGCAUUUCCCAGCAGAUUGUCACCCAAUGUACAGAAACCUGUCAGCAGCUUCCAGAAACCUGUCAAUAAUACCGUGCCUACUCCUCUGCGGGUGUGUGAAAGGUGCAACACAGGCAUCAAUGAUGUGGCGGUGAGGAUCUCCGAGGGCCAUUACCGUCAUCCAGCGUGCUAUGUGUGUGCAGACUGCGGCCUCAACCUGCGCAUGAGGGGACACUUUUGGGCAGGCAAUGACCUGGUGUGUGAGAAGCAUAACCGUGCCAGGCAUAACACAGGGUCUCCACGCGCAUGAACAGACCGUUGUAUUUUAGUGUUUCCCUCUUCUCCUAUUAACAACCCUUAUUCUGACCUCGUCAUAGAAUCCGCUAUAAAUUGCACCUUGAACCCUUUCCUUGCCAAUGUCCACAGUUACAGACAUGGGGAAUCCCCAAUGCUAUGUCCAUAUUACAAAUAAGUCUCCAGAUUGAAGACCGGUACUGUUGGCUGCACCAGAUACGCACCCAUGAGCUUCCGAUACCACCGAUACCACGACCUCUAACAAGGACAACACGUGUCCAUCACUGAAGCUCAACUCCAGUAGUAACCUACACAUAGUAUAAUGCAUGGGCAUAACUGGUGUGCUGGGUGCCAGGGGGGCCACCAACAAGCAGCUGGCCUGGGUGGUCAAGUAAACCUUUGCCUUGGUUGAAGGAAAGCCUUAGUAUUACCGUAUAUACCUCUGCAAAAUCACUUGUUUUUGCUUCUCACGCCCCUGCACCCCAACACAGUUUAUUCUACUGCUUGUAUAAGCAAAAGCUGCCAUUUAGUGACAUCUUAGGUUAAAGGGGUACUCCACUGGCCAGUGUGGAACUAAAUGUUCCCAA